AUGACCAGUGGCCAGAAAAAUGUCUCGAAAGCUUCCCUAACUCCUGAAGAUUGUACACAGGCAAUGGAAUUGAUGAAGGCCAAAAUGGAGUCCUUGCAACAGGAAGUGCAGCUUCUCCGGAGUCAACUGCUGCAUGAAAAAACUGAGCGCGAGACAUUCCAAAAAAUGGUCCGGAAACGCCUGCGAAACACGACGACUGACCUAAAUUUUGGGAACGUCACUAACGGUACUCAUUCAAGUCUACAAGAAGAUCAGACGCAAAUCCGCAAUUUCGAUGACGUCACUUCCUUACUGACUGCAGCAGACGUCAGUUCAAAUUCGGGAUCGAGUACUUCCCAACACACGCCCACAGCCGUCACUCCUAGGGAAGGACAAUCUUACAUUCCCAAUGCAAACAGCACCAACAGUGCAGAAAAGGUGAAUUUUUCAGGGUUCGCAGAUCUUUCUUCUCUGAAUCAAGAAAUGCCAAAUUCCACUACUGAGCUGAAUCCUCGGCUCACCACACCAUACCCACAAGGCGUUUUACCUCCACUGGUAUUGAAGGACUACGAUCAGAAUUCAAUCGGGGAAGAUAUAACAACGCUCAUCAAUGAUGCAAUGACUCAAAAUUUGAGAAAACGAACUUUUUCAAAUGAUUUUGUCUUGGCUCACCCCCAAAGAGCCAAAGCGAGCAUUGGUGUUCAACAAAACCAUUCUUUUGAUUUUAGUCCUAAUAAUCAUUCACGUCAAUUUCCAAUUUUACCGCUCAGAUUAAACACGCCUGCGACUCCUUACAACAUCCCAUCCAACGGUCUUCCCACUCCAUCUUUCCAAUUAGACGAACGCGAUAUUUUGGAAAAAUGGGGUAUACAAUUUUCUGAAAAGUAUACUGCCGUCAGCGAAGUGUGGAACGAAUAUCACAAGGUAGGGUCCAAGGGAGUGUCUAUCCGGUCUUUGGAAUCAUCUUUUUCGACCCGUUGGAGAGCUAAUCUGCGGAAAAACGUUAAGAAGAAAUACAGUAGACGAUUGAUAGUCAUUAGAGCAAUUGAAACGGGCAUGAAAAGAGGUAAAACACUAAACGAAUGCAUUGAAAUUUUGGAAGAAUUCUUGACCGAGGCCAAAAAACCGAUUUCAUUCUUGUAUCGAAAAGCAAAUUUACCAACAGACUUUACUUAA